GGACGCGUGCUCUGGUGCCUGUGGCGUCAGUCCGCCCGCCGUGUCCAUGGAGAGAGGUUGAGGGUUCUGAGGUCCUGCCCGAGGGACCCGGGCGCCCGGACGGCGAAGAUGUCGGCUUCCUUAGUCCGAGCCACCGUCCGGGCUGUGAGCAAGAGGAAACUACAACCCACCCGCGCCGCCCUCACGCUGACACCUUCUGCCGUAAACAAGAUAAAACAGCUUCUUAAAGAUAAACCUGAGCAUGUAGGUUUGAAAGUUGGCGUCCGAACCAGGGGCUGUAAUGGCCUUUCUUACACUCUAGAAUACACAAAGACAAAAGGAGAUUCUGAUGAAGAAGUUGUUCAAGACGGAGUCAGAGUGUUCAUUGAAAAGAAAGCACAGCUGACACUUCUAGGAACAGAAAUGGACUAUGUUGAAGACAAAUUAUCCAGUGAGUUUGUCUUCAAUAACCCGAAUAUCAAAGGAACUUGUGGCUGUGGAGAAAGCUUUAAUAUUUGAAAUCUCAGGACUCUUCCGGCUGUGAAACCCUGGGAAGCUUCCAGGAGCCUUGGAGCUUACUGAAGAAAUCACGUGAUUGUCAGUGCUUAAGGCUUAUGAUGUGUGGCCACCAGGUGGGGAAAUAAAGUGAUGCAUUUUGAAAAUGAA